CAACCAACACACGGCAGCACCCGCCGCGCGAUCCGAUAAUCACUCCCUGGUGAGCCGCCGCCGCCGCUACAUCUCUAUGUAGAGAUCUGAGGGCAUUACCGGAGCUCGCUCUCGCCGAGGCAUCGCGUGUCUGGUUCGGGACGGACGUCGAACAUGGCGACCCCGGCUGCGAAGCCCAACGGCGCCCCUGAAACGAACGGGGAUCGACCGGCUGCGCGGAAAUUCAAGGCCUCCGACCUCCCGCUGCCAUCGGCGACGCGUGGCGCCAUCGAGUCUCUCGCACAUAGCUUCAAGAAGGAAGGCGCCUACGACUCGAUCCGCAAGCAAGUGUGGGACAAGUUCGCGGCGAGUGACUACGAAGCUCAGGUCACGAAAGCGAUUCUCGAAGUAGCGGAGAAGGAGGUCGAACGAAACCCGCAGCAGCUCCUGACCCUGGACCGACGGAAGGCGGCCGCACUCAUCGACGGCGCUCUGGAACGCUCUGGGGUCUAUCAAAAAGCCGAAGAUGUCAUUGGGAAACUCAUAGAUGUCGAUGGGAUCGAGGAGCGCAUCCGCGAGAUUCGACGCGCGGAUAUUGGCGAGGAGGCUGCCUCGGCCGAGAUGACGCGGGGCGCAAAGACAGACGAAGAAUACGCUGCCGACACGGAGGCACGAAACGCCGAGCGUGAGCGCAUACGGGAGGAGCUCAAGCAGAAAGAGGCCGCAAUUGAGGAAGAGAAGCGGCGCAUCGCCAAGGAAGAACAGCGCAAGGAGGAGAGGGAGCGCGAAGAGGCUGAGCUUAAGCGGCAAGCCGAACGCGACGAGCGGCGGCGCAAGAGGGAGCUGGAGAGAGAAGAGCGAGAGAAACAGCGUGACAAGGAACGAGAAGAACGACACAAGGAACGUGAUCGCCGAGACCGGGAUCGCGACAGGGACAGAGAUCGUCCACGAGACCGAUCGCACUCCCGGUCCCGCUCUAAAGACAAAGAGGCGUCAUCGGCAAAGCUCAAGGAGAAGCUUUCCAAAGAAGACAACGAUCGACUGGAGCAGGAAGCCCUCGCCGACCUUCUCCGCGAGAGCAGUAAGGUUGCUCGAGCGCAGCUUGACUUGGAAGUGGACGAUACCCUAGCGCCGCCGCCGCGAAGAGUCGGGCCAACAUCCGCCAUCAACCCAAUCCGUCGGGACUCCCCGCGCGUGUCCGAGUCUCGCAAGCCUAGCGACCCUGCCUUGGCAAUCGGGCGCAGGGACUCAAAGACGCCCGCCGACAAGUUGUCUGGCCUACGAGAGGAGCGGCGGAGCACUAGGAGUGCGUCACGGCCUCGCAACCGUGACAUGGACAGGGGGAGGGACCGAAGCCGAGAGCGAGAGUCUGAUGACCGCCGGCGCCGGGAUCGACGGUCACAGUCCCCUCGGCGUGAGCGGAGCAGGUCCCGCGACAGAGAUCGUCGGGACCGGAGUCGGUCGAGGUUGAGACGCGACAGGAGCCGCUCUCGCCCUCGACGAGACGACCGCCGAGACCGCAGCCGCUCCCGAGACCGACGCGAGCGGUCGCGGCGCAGUCGAUCGCGGCGCCGAGAGCGAACACGGUCUCCUGCACGGUCCGAGCGUCGUGAUAGGAGCCGCACGCGAGACAAACGGGACCGGUCCCGGGACCGGCGAGACCGCAGCCGCGAUAGAGAUCGGACUCGGUCGCGCCACCGGCCGGAUAGACGGGACAGAAGUCGCUCACGCUCACGGACAAGGCGAGAGCGUAGUCGGUCUCGCGACAGUCGGCGCGGCGUAGGUGAUUACUACGACCCUAGAGCGGCCGCCCGCUCGCCCGCACGUCGGCGCAGCCGAGACCGGGACCGUGAUAGGGAUAAGGAAAGGACCCGGGACCGAGACAAUGAUCGCGACAAGGACGAGGAACGCGACCGUGGCCGACGGAGCCGGACCCGAUCACGGCCUCGCACUUCCAUGAUACGCACUGCAUCCGUUAGGAGGGACGAGCUGGAGGAGUGGAAGCUGGAGGAGGUCAAGAAGCGCGAGAAGGAGGCCAAGGCAUAUCUGGCAGCCCAGAAGGACGCCAGGGAGAAGGGAUUGCCGGUGCCCGGGGUCGAUGACAAACCUGGCCGGGACGACCGCGACACGCGCCGGAGCCGGUCCCGCAGCCGUGACAGGGCACGGCACCGAGACGGAAGCCGGGAUCGAGACCGCGACAGGCGUGACCGGGACCGUGAUCGGAGCCGGGAUCGCGACCGUGAGCGUGACCGAGACCGAGACCGAGCCAGAGAUCGGGAUCGGGAUCGGGAUCGGGACAGGGACAGAGACAGAGAUAGAGACCGCGACCGCGACCGCGACACUCGGAGUAGGCGCGACCGGAGCAUGUCGCCUCGACGGGAGCGAAGGCGUCGCAGUCGCAGUCGGAGCCGGAGCCGGCGCCGAAGCAGGAGUCGAUAGGGAGGACCACUAUAAUGUCCAGAGGAUAUAAUGGGUGCGGGGCAGCAGCGCCCUACAAGGCCGGGUGGGAAAGGCAUCGUUAACAAUAUACGGAUCAUACCUCUCGCUGGUGGCGUAGCCAAGUGGGCGGGUAUCUAUCUGCCUUGUUG